AUGGUGCUACAAGUGUCGAACCUACUUCGAAGUUUAUCAACGACACCACUGCGUCAUCGCACCAUUUUCAAGUGCUCUUCUACCCGUGCAUUCUCGAUACAAAACGGUGACAAUGAUAAUGAUAAUGAGGAAUUGGACUUGGACUUGGAUUUCAAUGACAUUGAUGACUAUGAAGACUGGACGCUGGACGACGAGAGCGAUGUGGCAUCCGUCGGUCGUCGACAGAUUGAGGAACAUGUAAAGCAGAAGGUCCGAGUGCGUCGCGCGCAGCACUCAAAGCGACGCUUUGUAGAUCGCAUCCGCGUCAAGGCCACUGGCGGCCACGGAGGUAAUGGCUGUGCCAGUUUUUUCUCUGAAUCGGCGGUGCGCAAACGUCCUAAUGGCGGACACGGUGGUGCUGGAGGUGACGUUGUGAUUGAGGCUAAUGAUAAGAUGCAGAACUUGGGAAAUGCGACGCAUCACUUUAGGGCUGGAGCAGGAACGAACGGCAUGGCAAAUGAUUCUGCUGGUAAAAGAGGCAAACAUUUUCAUGUAAAGGUACCGUGUGGCACGCUCAUUAAGCGUGUGGAGCGCUACGAGCGUGAAUUGGAAAACGGCGAGUUUGAGAUUGUAGACAGAAUGGAAGUCGUAGCAGAUCUGGACAAACCUGGUGCUACGUUCUUAGCUGCUAAGGGAGGCAAGCCAGGACUAGGAAAUCGUAUUUUAGCAGGCAAGACGACAACUUUUGGUCGACUGCGCAAGCACAUGCCUGAGAAUAAAACGACGGGUCAACCAGGCACCUCUCAAUACUAUGAAUUGGAACUCAAGACCAUUGCUGACGUGGGGCUUGUGGGUUACCCAAACGCUGGCAAAUCCACAUUGCUGAGUGUAUUGAGUCGCGCUACACCUGAAAUUGCCCCUUACCCGUUUACGACGCUUCAUCCGUACGUGGGAAUUGUGGAAUUUCCAGAUACGUUUCGGUUGAGUGUGGCUGACAUCCCCGGGCUUAUCGAUGGAGCACACCGUAACGUUGGUCUCGGCCACGACUUCUUGCGCCACAUUGAGCGCACCAAGAUUUUGAUGUACGUGCUUGAUACAUCGGGCUCAGAAGGGCGCGACCCCCUAGAAGACUUUCGACAUCUUCAACGAGAGCUAGAGCUGUACGCUCCAGGCAUCUCGUCGCGUCCUUCUCUUGUCAUUGCUAACAAGAUGGAUGAGCUCGGUGCUGAAGAAAACUUUCAUAGGUUGCACCAGUCCACCGAUCUUGCUGUGCUUCCAGUCAGUGCCCUUCACAAGAUCGAUAUUGAUACAAUAGCACGCACACUUCGCUGGAUGAUCGAGAGCUAUAGCAAGCUCACCAAGUCUUCAUAG